GUGUCCUCCUUUCCCAGGGGGCGGGAGUUGAGAGAGAGAGAAAAGGGAUGGGGAGGUGUAUCCAAUAGGAGGAGAAAGAGGGGGCGUGUCCUCUUGUAGGGGAGAGCUGAGGGAAGAGGAGCAGAAGAGUUGUGUCCAAUGGGAGCAGGAGGAGGAAGAGAAGAAAGGGGCGUGUCCUCGUGUGGCGGCCAGCGCGCGGAGGGAGCCGUCAGUUGGGAAGCAGCCGCGGCCGGUGGCGGUUGGAGAGGGCGCGAGGCGAGGAGAGAGAGGAAAGAAAGAGGGAGAGCGCGCACGCGCGCACACACGCAGACAGAGGGGCGCGCACUUGGCGAACUAGCCGGACGAGUGACUGACUGACUGAGUACUCGGGAGAGUGGCGCCGCCGUCGUCUCCUCGUCCUCCUCACGGGCGGAGGGUCGCCCAUGGUGUGGCCUCAUGUCUAAGACGCUGCGGAGGAAGCGGCACUGGCUGAGCAAGGUGCAGGAGUGCGCCGUGUCCUGGGGCAGCGGCUGCGGGCCGGACCCGGAGCUCCUCCGUGGCGGCGCCGAGCGCGGAGAGUUCCCUUACCUCGGCGCCCGCCUCUCCGAGCCUUCGCCCGCCGCCUCCUCUUCCUCGGGCGGCGCUCCCGGCUCGGUCCUGCUCUCGGGGAAAGCCCCGGCGCCGGGGGACGUCUUGCUGGAGGUGAACGGCACCCCGGUGAGCGGCCUCACGCACCGCGACACGCUGGCCGUCAUCCGCCACUUCAGGGAGCCCGUCCGCCUCAAGACCGUGCGGCCAGGCAAAGUCAUCAACAAAGAUUUGCGUCACUACCUAAGCCUGCAGUUCCAGAAAGGUUCGAUUGAUCAUAAACUACAACAAGUGAUCAGAGAUAAUCUCUACUUGAGAACCAUUCCGUGCACUACAAGAGCUCCCAGAGAUGGGGAAGUCCCUGGGGUAGACUAUAAUUUUAUUCCUGUGGAACAGUUUAAGGCUCUGGAAGAAAGUGGAGCCUUGCUAGAAAGUGGAACGUAUGAUGGUAAUUUCUAUGGUACCCCUAAACCUCCAGCAGAGCCUAGUCCGUUUCAGCCAGAUCCAGUGGACCAGGUACUCUUUGAUAAUGAUUUUGACCCAGAAUCUCAAAGAAAAAGAACAACAUCAGUUAGCAAGAUGCAGAAAAUGGACAGUUCCCUACCUGAAGAAGAAGAGGAAGAAGAGAAGGAAACACUUAAUGGUAGCAUAGGCACAGAAAACAAAGAGAGGCAUUCUGAUUCUUCUGACUGGAUGAAGCCUGUUCCUAGUUAUAAUCAGACAAAUAGUGCUAUGGAUUUCCGAAACUAUUUAUCAAGAGAAGAAAACUUAGAGCCUCUACCUAAAAACUGGGAGAUGGCCUACACGGACACAGGCAUGAUCUAUUUUAUUGAUCACAACACCAAAACAACCACCUGGUUGGAUCCUCGUCUUUGUAAAAAAGCCAAAGCUCCCGAAGACUGUGAAGAUGGAGAGCUUCCUUAUGGUUGGGAGAAAAUAGAAGACCCUCAAUAUGGAACAUACUAUGUUGAUCAUAUUAACCAGAAAACCCAGUUUGAAAAUCCAGUUCUGGAAGCUAAGCGGAAAAAACAACUAGGACAGACUGAUGUUGGUUCUUCAAAUCCAGAACCAGUAAAGUCUUUUUUCACCCGAGACCCAUCCCAGCUGAUAGGAGCACUCAUUCGAACAUCAUUGAAAAAAAGUACUAUGGGGUUUGGUUUCACAAUCAUUGGUGGAGACAGGCCAGAUGAGUUUCUACAGGUGAAGAAUGUAUUGAAAGAUGGACCUGCUGCACAGGAUGGCAAAAUUGCACCAGGAGAUGUGAUUGUGGACAUAAAUGGUACAUGUGUCCUUGGCCAUACCCAUGCUGAUGUUGUCCAGAUGUUCCAAUUAGUUCCUGUCAACCAGUAUGUGAAUAUGACUCUGUGUCGUGGAUACCCUCUUCCUGAUGAAAAUGACGACCCUGUCAUAGAUAUUGUGACAGCUACUCCUAUCUUAAAUGGCCAGCCAAUAACAAAGGGUGAAACUUGUCUGAUUAAUCCGGAAUUAAUACCUGGAACAGUGGUUUUGGACCAAAAUGGAAAACCAGGACAUAUUUUGGUCAAUGGACGUCUGAAUGGGCCUUCAACAGACCUUAGUGAACAGAGGGCUUCAGUGUCUUCUUCUGGUUGCUCUCAAACAGAACUGGUCACAAUUCCUCUAAUUAAGGGACCUAAAGGGUUUGGAUUUGCAAUAGCUGACAGCCCUGCGGGGCAGAAGGUGAAGAUGAUUUUAGACAGUCAAUGGUGCCAUGGUCUUCAAAAAGGAGAUAUAAUCAAAGAAAUUUAUCAUCAGAAUGUUCAGAACUUGACACACCUUCAGGUGGUUGAAGUGUUGAAGCAGUUUCCAGUUGGAACAGAAGUGCCACUGCUUAUUCUAAGGGGAGGCCCUUCCUCACCUGCUAAAACAUCCAGUGUUGUGAGUAUUGAUAAUAAAGUAGAUAAACAGGAAAUUUCAGGAAGCCAAGAAGCCAUCAACGAGUCAGCCCCACAUCCCAUGCCUUUUCCACCUAUUGCUAUGAGAUCGGCCUCCCCAAAGCUAGACCCUUCAGAAGUUUAUCUAAAGUCAAAAACCUUAUUUGAAGAUAAACCCCCAAAUACGAAGGAUUUAGACGUCUUCCUUCGGAAGCAAGAGACAGGCUUUGGCUUCCGAGUUCUUGGAGGAGAUGGUCCUGAUCAGUCAAUCUACAUUGGAGCCAUUAUUCCACUGGGGGCAGCUGAAAAAGAUGGUAGACUCCGUGCUGCAGAUGAACUUGUAUGCAUUGAUGGUAUCCCAGUCAAAGGGAAAUCACACAAGCAAGUUCUGGAUUUAAUGACUAGCGCAGCUCGAAAUGGCCAGGUGCUGCUGACUGUUCGCCGAAAGAUUUUCUUUGGUGUAGAGAAGCAACCAGAAGAAGAUUCAUCAUCUCAAGUUGCCAUCUCCUCCCAGAAUGGCUCUCCUAGACCAAAUCGAGUAGAGCUACUUAGUAAACAGUUCUCAGAGGCAUAUGAUGUUUUUCUGCAACGAAAGGAGAAUGAAGGUUUUGGCUUUGUGAUACUUACCUCGAAAAACAAGCCACCACCUGGUGUGAUUCCACAUAAAAUUGGUCGUGUCAUUGAAGGGAGUCCAGCUGAUCAUUGUGGAAAACUGAAAGUAGGGGACAGAAUCUCAGCAGUAAAUGGUCAGUCAAUCAUCGACCUCUCACAUGAAAAUAUUGUGCAGCUGAUCAAAGAUGCAGGAAACACUGUCACACUCACUGUUGUUGCUGAUGAAGAUCACCGAGGUCCCCCUUCAGGAACAAACUCUGCUAGGCAGAGUCCAGCCCUGCAGCAUAGAUCUAUUGGACCGGUAUCAGCCAGCUCUGGGCCCAAUGACAGGUGUGCUACAGAAGCUGAUGGUGGAAAAGAACAAUGCAACAAUUACAAGCACUUCUCGCCAUCAGAGAGUGUUGUCUCUGUCGCAGGGAGCAAGCAUUCUCAAACUCCUGGAUCCUACCCAAUAGAACUAGACAGAGGCCCUCGGGGCUUUGGAUUCAGCCUUCGGGGAGGGAAGGAGUAUAAUAUGGGACUGUUUAUUCUUCGACUUGCUGAAGAUGGACCAGCCAUUAAGGAUGGGAGAAUUCAUGUUGGUGAUCAGAUUGUUGAAAUCAAUGGGGAGCCAACCCAGGGAAUAACUCAUACAAGAGCCAUUGAAUUGAUUCAGUCUGGAGGAAAUAAAGUUCUCCUUCUCUUGCGACCAGGAACUGGCUUAAUACCAGAUCAUGGUGAUCUGGAUAGUUUUAAUCCAACAUCCUCAAGUGUAACACAUGGUGAACAGAUGCCACCUCCCUCAUCCUCACAUUCUGCUUCCACAUCUGAAGCAUCUCAUUUGCCAGGAUCAGAAGAAGCUUUAAUGAAAGUUCGGAUGUCUGAGAAACUGGAAAAGCUGAAGAAUACUGUGCCUGAAAAGAAAAGCACUUUAUUGGAAGACCACUUGGAGAUUCAGAAUGCAACUUCUGCACAAAGGAGGGUGAACAAAUGGGACAAUCCCUCCAGUCCAGGUAAUAAGAAGGUGCACAAUACUGCACACUUAGCAGUGAAUGAUGCAACCAGCAGAGGCAGAUCAACCAGUCCAAAAAAGAUGAGCAAUAGUACUUCCAGAGGCCAUAAUCAAGCAUCAUGCAAGAGUCCUAGAAAGGAUGAACUUAAGAAACAAAACAAGAAUUGCUUAGAUCAGCCAGAAAGUCUGAGAAAACAUGAAAAGAAGCCCACUGGAACCUCUGAGAAUACAAAUAAUGGAAAAAUCUUUGCCACGGAAAAGAGAGAUCGAUCUGUCAGUCCCCAGGAACAUCGGAAGAAAGAGAGAGGUAGAGAGAAACUGCAUCCAGAAGGGUUAACAGAACUUCAGAGCAGAGCAGCUGCUGGUGAUAAAAGCACAACUGCGCUGCCAAAAGGGGACAAAUUGAAAUUAGGAGCCAUGAAGGAAGCCACUAAGCAAAACAUAUGUGAGAAGGUUGAUAAAUACCCUUCAGAGACAACAAAAACCAAGACAACAGAGAAGUUUCUUCCACUCCCUAAGACUAAUGAACUUAGAAAUCAAAUGUUGGAAGAGAAAACUAAAAGCUCUAACCAAUUCAGAAUGGCAGGUCUUCCAGAAGAUUCACUCCUUUCUGGAGAUAAAAACACUAGACUUGAAGCAGAAGAGCCUGUUGUACUGAACAAAUUCAGAGACAAUGACUUGGAGCCAGCUGAUAAAACCAAAGAGGAUGGAACUGUCAAAUCUGAGAGCAGAUCUCCAGUGAAGAAAUCAAUAACUCCCGGACCUUGGAAGGUACCAAGUGCAAGUAGAGUCACAAAAGCAACAGGUUUGACUGACAAACGGGUUUGACUGAGACUUUUUUAGAAUACAUUUUAAUCAGGUUUCUAAUGUGGUAAUUUAAAUAGUUUCCUUUUUCACAAAACUAUCAUUUUUUCAGUCACUGUGAUUGACAGAAUGGACGGACGGACAUUGAUUUGGUCGUAAUUAGGCUGCAUGAAGGACCUUUUGGAUUGUGUAUGAGAAACUCUUCAAAUGCUGCUGUCUUUUUGUCCCCUUUGAAGAUGGUGUCCUGCUGCUCCUGAUUUUGCACUGCAAUGGCUUUCUGAUAGUAUUGUGGGUUAACAAACAACAUUAUUUUAUGCCUAUUGCGUAAUCAUGACUCACUACUUGUUCUUGUGCCAAGUUAUCUACUGUAUCCUGUUGAACCUUCUCCUGUUUUCCACUGCCACAGAAAAGGAAAGAUUUUGUCUCAAAAUUAAGUGUUUACUCAGGCAUGCUGCAUGUGUACAUAGUUCUGAGUUCUCACUGUUGAAGCAAGAAGUUGGGUGAGCUUUUUUCUCUUGGCUUCACAGAGUCGAGGAAUAAAUAUUACCUGAGGCCUUUUUCACACAGCUCUUUUCUCUUGCUCUCCCCAUCCACCCCCAGAAAACUUAACAGGCCAGAGUCCUUGUGUGUAAUAUGUGAUACGUUGUCAUUUUUCUCUGAAACUUUUGUUUAAAGUAUUGAUGCCAGCUUUUCACAGGUGAUACACAUUCAGAUCUGAAAGUUGUGCAGUUUUGAAUCAGAAAAGAAUGCUAUCCAUUUCAGUGAAACUGCAUGGGAGUCAAUGUUUUCAGGGUUGGCAUCAAAUUACUUCCUCCUCCUCUCUUUUUUAACACUUUCACAUUAGAAAUUAAACAUGCAGAGAGGGCAUAUGCUUCUAAGCUUUCUGUCAUGCUGUUUGUCAGAAUCUCCCAUCUGUUGUUUAACUGUUCUUUUUCUUAAUGCUAGCAAAACAUUUGAAAAUGUCCUGCCUUGCCUGAAAAUUUAAGAUCAUAGAUUACAGCAAGUAAGCCAGAACCAAUCUACCAAGCUCAUCUUUUAAUUAGAUAUCUUUACUUGUGCCUGUAAGUAGAAGCCUGUUAUAUUUUCUUUCCAUGGUUGUACAUACAUGAUUUCCCAUUUUACAUACAUGAUUUCCCAUAUCCCUUUAGCUUCUGCAUGCAUACAAAUAGUAAUAAUGAGGAAUAUUAAGCAUAUUUGCACCUCACACAGGUAAUGGAAGUGAGGUGAUGACAAGAGCGAAAAAUUAAAAUCUAUUGGACUUUAAAUAGUCCAAAGUAGUAGAUGUGGGUCUCUUUAAAUGAGCCAAGCAAGCAAGCAAGCAAACAAACAAACAAUAAAAGUGAAUUCUUGUGUUCCACAGAUCAGGUUUUUCAAAUGUUUUAGUUAGCCUUCCUGUGGGUAAGUGAACAAUUACACUAAAAAUAGCUAAGUACAGAUUUCAACUUAGCUUCUAUUAGGCUGCUUUAUAGCCUUUCAGUCUGUUAUUAUUUUAAACUACUUUUCAGUCUUUUAAGUUCGCUUUGGUCCAUUUAUAUCUCAAGUUUGUUCCCUAUCACUAUCACCUUUGGUUGUGCUUCCACCUCUUUUUUGGCCUUUACAAAAAAAUGCUUUUUGAAACAUAGAUGAUAAAGACAGAAUUAUCACCUCCUAUGAUACGUUCAUCUUUCUGUUUUACCACAGUUUCUGGUCAAUCGGUUUUGAGUUUUGGCUGGAAUCCUCUUGGCAUUACACCAGUGUAACUCUUGAUUAUGCUGAUAGUUAUUAUUCAUAAAUGCUUGUGUAAGGAACUAUCUAAUAUCUCCUUACUUCAGUGCAUUAUGUAAUACUUAACCCUUUUAAAAGGAAAAAUGUAUAAGGUUAUCCCCCUUUGCAGGGCAACUUUCCCAUUGUUUCAAUAAUGCCCCCCCCCCCCAAAUGAUGAACCUGGUGUCAUUGACAUACUGACACUUCUUUCUUUUUUUCAUGUUUCACUCCAGAGCAAAAGCAACUUUCAAUCUAGUUCCCAAUUUAACCAAUUUAUUGACUUGAAUGGGACUGGAUUCCCCACUCCAUGCAUAUUUGUGUAAAUGCUGCUACUGUGCCAUGUACCCUGAGCCAGCAACAAGAUAGAAGUUAUUCAGAUUGCUUUGCAGAAAUUAUCCAUUUAAAUACAUCUGUCUACAGCGGGCAUGCAUAAUAAUAAUAAUAAUAAUAAUAAUAAUAAUAAUAAUAAUAAUACUUUAUUUUUCUAUCAGGCCUCCAUCUCCCCGCAGGGACUCGUGGCGGCUAACAUGGGACCAAGCCCAAAGAGCAAACAGUAAACAAAAUAAAAUGUAUAUAUAAACAAUAUCAUCAAACAGGUAAAAUGAACUAAUUAAAACCACAAAAUACAGUAUACUAAAAUAAAAACAAUAUAAUACAGAAAUGAUAAGAAGCAUAAACCACCAUUUAAUGGCAAAAUAGAUAAAUAAAAUGGGAGGGGGGUCUAGAACAAAGUGCAGGGAUAUGAAUUGUAAACAACCUGUGGCCCUCUAUGGGCCUCCCAGAAGCCCUAGCCACUUGUUCAAUGGUCAGAAAUUCUAGGAACUGAAGUCCAAAACACCUGGAGGGCAGGGCUGUAGCCAAGGGAGGAGGGUUAGGGGUUCAACCCCCCCCCCAUUUUUUUCUGGUUUUGGCCCUUCUGGAGGGCCACAGGUUGUGCACGCCUGGUCUACAGAAUUGUAUUUCAACAAAAAUAACUAUUAAGCAAAAGAAAAAAAUGAUAACACAUUAUGGGCUCAAAUCCUAUUAGUAAUCCCAAAUAGAGUAUUCCCAUUAAAUCAGAAGCAUUUACAUAAAUGUUAACAAGUCUACUUUGUAUGGGGUUUCCUGUUGACUUUAGCUAGGAAAAACAGCUGAUGUUGAUGCCCGUACAUAACAAGUGCAGGCUAGUCUUUGGGGAGCUAAUGCCUCUAGAUUCAUGCAUGCACUUCUAACACAUUGCUUUUUCCCCUCAAACCACUCCCUGAGUGUGUUUUGUAUGCAACUGGAAGUCUUACCAGGACUGAACUGAGCACUCUAGAAGCGUAUCUGUUAUUGUCAUGAUAGUUUGGUGCUAUUGUUGCUGGUUUAAUUAUUGUGCUGAUCCUGCUAGUCUCAUUUGACCAAAAGCACUUCUCAAGUGACAUGUGACUUCCCAGCAUGCCACUCACCUCUUUAAAAGCACUAGCCUUUCUAGGGGAAGCUUCUGUUGUUGAUUGUUCUUUUGAUGGUGGAAAGGGAAAAGCAGAUAUAUCAAAGAGCACAAUGAGAAGGAGGAGUAGAAAGGUUUUGGAGGCCUACUGCCCUGCAGAUGUCAGAAAAAAAGUAGAGCAGUUCAAGACUCCCUAAUGCAUCUAUAAAGAGCUAUGUAUGUGGCAGCCAAGAUCAUACACUGGUGUGCUGAUGCCCAUUUAAUCCAUUUGAAACAUCCGUUAACCUUUUUAAAAACUUGUGCAUAUUGGCUGUGAAUUGAAAGUCCCCUACAGAUCAACUUGGGCUUAUGAACCUUUUAGUAUUCUAGAAUACAAGUGUAGCCCUACAAUGAUCAAAUAUUGUUAAUUCCCUUGAAUUUUGUGAUACAUCUCAAAGGAAUUCCAUUUUAGAAGUUAAACAUCAAUAUAUCUCUUGGACUGUUUUCCUGCGUAUUUCUCUGGAGUGAAGUUAUGACAAAAGAAAUCAGUUCUGGGCAGGAGACACAACUGUUUUUAAAACUACUAUCUGUUUGAAUUAUCUAUCACCUGAAAAUUGUUUUUUGAAGUGUAUCAUUUGCUCAUUCUCUCUGCUUCUCAUUAAGAACUCAAGUUGCUGUAGAAAGUAUGUGCAAAUAUGUAGAACAUUACUGUGAAAAUAUUUAAUAUUUGAGUUAGCCUGUGUAGAUUAAUACAGUGACAAAUAUCAUACAAUUCUCUACACUGUCACAGGAUAGCGUUAAAUGAAAACUGCAAAAAUAUCAAGAUGACUUAGUAAAACUGUAAAGGAUCCCCCCAUUAUUCAACAAGUACCCUUUAUCCAGAUGCUACUCAGCCAUUUAAUGGUGUAACCUGAUUUGUUGUCCUGUUUGAUGUGAGCCCCCUAUCCAGAGACUUUGUAUCUGUACUCAACUGCAUAAAAAUGACUUAGCAAUGUGGCCUUGGAAUGUUGAGAAACCUUUGGUUGUACUGGAUGUAAAUGUUUAUAUAUUGUACAGCACCUUUAUAUAUACUUCAGAGGUUCUAAUUAGAAAGAGAUCUGUAAAUCGCUCAUUAUUUUUUAUAUAGAUAACAUUAAAAAGAGACUCUAGUUCAUGGCCUCUGCAUUAAAAUACUUUAAGCAGA